UUUAACUAGGAAAAGAUGAGAGAGAAACAUCCGUUUGGGAAAGGAAAAAUAACAUAGUGAUAGAGAGAGAAAGGGCGAGUGAUGAGAGGAGGAGGAGAAAGUGGGGGAGAGGAAGCAGAAAAGGAGGAAAUUUUGGGAGAAAAGUUGGCAAGGAGGAGAACAAGAAGUGUAUUGAUUAGAAAAAGCAGCAGAGGUGGCCCAACUACUCCAGUGUUGUCCUCAUGGAGUCUCUUCCCUUUUGGACAGGAACAACAACAUCAACCCAUCAUUAAAGACGCUCUCUUUACUACUACUACUUCUACUAAUCAGACUCGUGUUUCAGCUAGAAAGCUGGGAGCUGCUCUCUGGGAGUUUCAGAACUACUUCCCACUCUCAAAGAUGCACAGAGGCAAUCACAACAAUGGUGUUGGCGCUCCUCCACCGCCUAGGCAGCGCCACCACCACCCGGCCAAGGACAAAGGCAUUCUUGGCCUUUCCAACUUUUUGGCUGAUAAUUGUCCCAGCUCUCCUGACCAGCCAGCAAGUGCAAGCAAUUUAACGAGGCAUAUUGCUGCAUCAUUGAUGCAACAUCACCGAUCAAUUGGAAGGAAUAAUCACCUUCUACAACCUGUAUCUCCAACAAGCUGUGGUAGUUCCAUGGAGGUGGCGCCUUAUAACCCUGCAGUGACUCCCACCAGUUCUUUAGACUUUAAGGGAAGAAUGGGCGAGUCACAUUAUAAUCUUAAAACAUCAACAGAACUGCUGAAGGUCUUGAACCGGAUAUGGAGUUUGGAGGAACAGCAUACAUCCAAUAUAGCUCUGAUAAAGGCACUGAAAGCAGAGUUAGAUAAUGCCCGUGUCAAGAUAAAAGAUUUGGUUCGGGUACGACAAGCAGAUAGACAUGAGCUGGAUGAUUUGAUGAAGCAAAUUGGAGAAGAUAAAAUAGUUAGGAAGAGCAAAGAACAGGAUCGGAUUCAUGCUGCAGUUCAGUCUGUGAGGGGUGAACUAGAAGAUGAGAGAAGGUUAAGAAAACGAUCAGAAAGCCUACACAGGAAGUUAGCAAGAGACCUCUCUGAGGUGAAAUCUUCUCUUUCCAAUUCCCUAAUAGAGCUUGAAAGUGAGAGAAAAUCAAGGAAGUUGUUGGAAGACCUAUGCGAUGAGUUUGCAAAAGGCAUCAAAGACUAUGAACAAGAGGUACAUUUUUUGAAACAGAAAACUGACGAAGAUUGGACUGGAAGCUCUGACCGUGAUCGGUUGAUUCUCCAUGUAUCUGAAUCAUGGCUGGAUGAGCGGAUGCAGAUGCAGCUAGAACAAACCGAAUGUGGUCUUCCUAGAAAGAACUCAAUAGUUGACAAACUUAGCCUUGACAUAGAGACUUUCCUUCGAGCCAAAUGUAUGAAUAAACCUCUUAAGAAUACCGAAAGUCUGUUGCCAAGGGAUCGUCGAAAGAAUUCACUGGAAUCUGUUCCACUUAAUGAGGAGGUUGUGAGUGCACCUCAAGAUGCAGGUGAUGAAGAAGAUUCUUUAGGCAGUGAAUCACAUUGUUUUGAGCUAAUUAAACCGAGUAACAGUGACUUCAAAUUGCAAGUGGAGGAAGCUGUAGAGAAUGGUAUUGAUGAAAAGGUGAAAACAGAUCACUCGAAGAAAAAACCUGCCUCUUCCGAAAGAGUAAGAAGUCGCACUCCAUCUAGCUUGCAGGUCAAGUUUGAAGAACAGAUGGCCUGGGCCUUGUCAUGCGGUGAAAAUAAGAAAUCUCAAGUGGUAAAUUCAGAGCAGGGGAAAGGUGAGGAAGCGAAGCAAACUGAAAUAAACAUAUCUCAAAACUCUGAACACUGUGAAGUCACAGAAGCUGAAACUUACAGAAAGGGAAAUAAACAAGAUGAAAGACAUGGUUCUAAUGCGAAUUACAUGGCUGAAAACCAUAUCAGAAAUCGACCUUUUAUAUCAGAUGGUGGGCAUGUACUUCCUGAAAAUAAUUUGAAUGAGGCUUCUUGUAGUAAUACUGGAUGGAGGAAUCAGGCAAGUCCAGUACGGCAAUGGAUGGCAAGACUAACCUCACCAGCUCUUGACAUGUUACAGUCUUCUUCCAAGUUGCCUUUGCGGAAAAAGGAAAAUACCUUGAAGGCAAAGCUUCUUGAAGCAAGGUCUAAAGGACAACGGUCAACACGAGCAAAAGCUUUCAAAAGUACCUCUUAAGCUAUUCUGAGUCGGUAAAAGCAUUAACACAAUUCUGAAAAAUGGCGCUGUUGGUUGGUUAUUGUUGUGUAUUGUGGAGAUCAACAUGGUAUUCUCUGAAAAUGCAAGUCUCUAUCUCAGGUGAGUUUAAAAGAGAAGCUGUAAUCUGUAUAUUAGUAAUUUAGUAUAAUGUGUCAUCUUAUUUUGCUACAUAGCCUACUGAAAUCAUAAGAAGUUGAAGGCCAACAAUUUUGGGUUCUGGAUGUACAUGAGAACUCAGGUUCCACGUAUUUUCGUGAUAAUUUACAAGUGGAUUUAUGUUUAGCCACAUUCAUAUCAGCUUCAACUCCAUAUUUGAAAAGUAAGGGAUUCUACUAUUGUAACUAUACACACUAUUACUUCUGUACUGUAACUUUCACUCUUUACUUUCAUACUGGGAGGUCUAU